GGUUCCUGAAGAAGGACCCACUGAGCGAGUAACGUACGUCGUGAAGCAGGCGCGCCUCACGAAGAAAGCAAUCACGAAGUCACGAGGCUGUACGACCAAGCUGCUACAACCUUCCACGCUCCUUAACACUUCUUUUCUUCGCUUCCGGGCCAUGUUCUUGAGAUAAUAACCGACGCUUUGCGACAGUACGCCACAUCUAGUCCGCCUUACGAUCUGAUAUGUGUAUCUGAGACUUCCGAUUACCGACGCAAUAAUGGGAGCUUGCGCAUCAUGUUUGGGAAGGGGUGAUGGUAAUAACUACGAUGAGGAGGAAGAGAACCGCCUUCUCUAUGAUGAUGCGAACGGUAUGCAAUACGGUAGCUUCGGGGACCAAGCUAUAAACGGAGAGAACGAUACACUCGAAGCUCAGCGAGAGAACGAGGCACUUCAACGAGUGAUAGCCAAGACAUCAGACAAUAUGGUGGACAUCUUUGAUAUCGCUCCGCAAGAGAACACAAAUCGUGGAGCAACGACACCUUUCGCCUACGCUGGUCAAGGUGCACGCCUUGCACGAUACCAGCAUCUCGUAUCAAAACUUAGCAACCAGGGCGACAACAACACUGCGAGCGGUGUCAAAGUCGACUGGCUUCCGGAAGACGAGACCAUAGAGAUGCAAAAGAAUGGUCCAGCUAGCAUCAAGACUCUCGAGAGCGAUGAGGGGCCUCUUGUGGGGACCUUUGCAGACGCUGCGGCGGCAAUGCAGUAAUGACGGUCUUUGAACAGAGGAAGCUCCCUUCGUUUACAAUGCGGAAGAUAAAGCUGAAAGCCCCCAGAGUGGGGAGUCAGCAAUUGCGACAUGAAAAAUGCAAUUUUCGCGAUACACGACUGAUGACGAUACACACAGUACGUUUGGUGUUCAAGACCGCUGCGAUUGCCCCGAUCUGAAUCAUCACCCCCUGGUGGCUCAAAUUGGAUGAGGUUCAUCCCGGUCUGACCCUCGCUGGCCAUGUCGGUGAAGUGGCUAGGACAAGAAUGAGCGAAAAAAGUAUCGCUUAUUUGCCGACCCAUUUCCUUAAUACUAACCUCGACUAAUACGGUCUUUGUGACCAAUAUUCCGGUUUCUGCUCAUUUUGUUGAAGCAGUGGAACCCUUCGGUAGACGGGGUUGUCGUUGCAUAGAGUCUGAUAAGCACUUAACACUCGGUGCAGACCUGCACCUCUAUUUCAUCUCUUCAUAUCUUUUUUUGGUUUUUAGUUUUUGCCGUCCGUCUUUUGUGCAGACUUCUUUGAUUGUUGUGGGCAGGAAGUGGACUUUGUACAAGCAGACGCACCCAAUCGAAUUUUACAGAAAUUUCCCCCUCGUCUUAUUGAGCUGGGUCCUGGAACGAGACCCUAGACAGUCUAGUUUCAAGACCCUCGUCUCGUCAUCAGUUCGUACCAUCAGCCGUUCUCUCGCAGCCUGCCGCGCACAAGAAGCACAAGCGAUGAGCUAGAGUCAAAACCCAUCAGUCCACAACGCAAGCGUGACUUGUCGAGAACCGAGAACACCCAUUAAGCAUCAGACACGUGCGUUCCCCUCACGCUGGCUCACACCGAAUUCGAGGUGGCCCGGCAGUCAGUGGGGUGGCAAUAGACGCUAGACCAGGGGAGAAGGGCCAAAGAUUCGAAGAGGAUGGUGGCCAUUCCUUUAGCUUGCCGUCGGCCCUUGAUUUAGUCUGGUUUUCUCCGGCUUCGGCUCGCACCGUUGAUGGGCGGCUUGCAUGGGUCCCCAUCCACUGGGGAGGUUUCGAUGGAUCUCUUUCGUCAACCUGAACAAGAUCCCGCCCACGUCCCAAGCCUUCGGGAUUUGUUUGAGAAAAUGUCUGUCAUGGCCCAGCCCGCCACCACGACACCAUGGAGACAUGGAAUGGGGAGCCGCUCUUAGAGCGAUCUGUACGCUGAAAAAAGAAGACAAAUGAGAGGGACCCCUGGAAUUUAUCCGCCCCCUCGGGUGAGGAAAGCCAGAUUGUCGGGAAGCAGCACUUCAUAGCCAUCGGCUUCAGGGGCCUAACGCCCCCUGAACCCCGUUGACGGGAGGCUGGGCCCGUUCUAAGACAGGGCUCAGGUUUCUGUUAAACAGGGGACCGUUCAUGCUAAGGGUUUCUGAGGAAGAAGGCUACGUACUCUGUCCAUAGUCCACUUUGGAAGGGUCAAAACUGUCUUUGUCUGCGUACGAGGAACUUGACAGACGUUAUGGGCGCCACAGGUCAGUUUGGGGCGAACAAGGGUCCCAUUACGGCCAAGGUGACCAGAAAGGCGGACAGCCUUGAACUCGACCAGUCAGAUACGAUAGGGGAUGUGUUCAUGGGUUUAAAUCGCAUCGGCUUUUCCUCAUGUCGUUGGUAGGUCUUGUGCAGGUUGGACAAGCAAAGCUCGCAUUACGAAUUAGUCACAUGCUGCUGCUGCUCACCGUAGCCUCUUCUCGAACCUUUUGGUGGUGGGCAACCCUGUUCAAAUCUGCAGACCGCAUUCACGAACCGAAUGCCUGCAAUUAUGGCAUGGCAUAUCUAACUAACUGGCUUGCCAAUUGAGUCUGAGCCCUGAAAACUAUCAUGUCUCCACCUUUCGCUUUCGUUCACAGGACUGCGUCUUUGCACCUAAUCGCUUUAACAUAUCCUGCUCAAUGUCAUACAUGCCUGGUACUGCAUAAUUGCUUAAUACUCGCUGAGUUUUGAGGCCCCCAUGCUGCUACCUCGAAAGCGACUCUGACGAUGGGAUUAACCGCAAAAACUUGCUAAAGAUCGCUAUAUCAUUCUUGAUUGGCAACUCUGUCACGAUCAGCUCUAGAUUUUGCAACGUCGAUAUUCAUCCCCGUAUCUCAUUUCGUCACCGCCCGACUCCACGAUGCCGCCCGCAAGCUCCAGUUCAAUUUCCGCCAUGAUUACAAUACCUUCCCAUCAACUCCUAUCGGCCGAUUACCCAUAACGGAACUUUUAUAAGCAUACGCUCUACUCUACUCUACGUCCGUAGCGCCGACCAAACGGACUGCCACCUGGGAAUGAACAGUUGGGGCGGAAAAACAGCCCAGAUGAUCUGAGACAUUGAGGGACCUGGAGGCUGGAGCCCCGAUACCUCUGGUGUUGUGCUCUAGCACCUGCUUCUGCAUACCCUCAUCCCUAUUCGCCGACCAAGGGCUUGGGGUUAUCAAAUACAUAUGCCCUGAAAACCCCGAUAAGCAAGGGUAUAUGCCUUUUUCGAAUGGUUUCCGCUGCAUAGGUAUGUAGUCGACACUGAUAGGCUAGAUCCCUCACACAGCACAGGUAUUUAUCGGCGCCUGAGAGAAAUAACACAACAGCUUCUCAUUGACGCUACACUGCUCCAGUGGCGGUCGUUGGUUUAUUGCUAUUCUCCUAGUCGAUGCGCAUAGACGCCUCUUGCAGCCGAGUGCGUCUUUUGCGGUUGCGCUUACCUGUUGUGUUUCCUCAAUCGAUAUCUCUCGUCUCCUCACGUUAUCCAUUAUCCUCUCUCUGACCCGUCAACAUGGAUCUUGAUGUCGAAGCCAGUCUCCCCAAUCGUUUCUAGCCUCCAACUGUCGUCAUCACACGAGCUAUAGAAGCGGCGUCUCCGACCAACAUGUAACAAGGAACUGAACUCUCAGUGCUUGUUCAUGGCCCACACCCCAAGCUCCGUCUGCCCAUGCAUGAUGAUGGCACUGCCACCCUCCCCCUUUUGCAAUUUCUACUGCAUGCCGUGCCAUAAAGGUCAGGGCAAUAGAUGCUGCUAUGCCUUCUUGUUGAAGGGCUUCACGCCUCUUUGAGUGCUGACCUGCAACAUAGAAAGAGUCUGGCUUUUUUCAAGAUAACACAUGUUACAUUGACCUAUUGUCCACAUGGUUCGCACCUGUGGGCAUAAAGAAAGAUAUAAACAAGGACCUGGCAGCGUCUGGGUCCGUCCCACAGAUGCCUUCUGCAUGCCCCAGCUGUGGCCCUGAGGACUUGUUCGUUUUGGGUCCUCUCAUCCUGUCUCUGCCUUGCCCCUCUCCCUCACACAGGUCCCAUGAUAAUCCACCAAUAUACUGAAACUGUUGGAAGAGAGAAAAAAGAGCUAUUUGUCUGUUCUUACAGACGAAUGAAGUGUAGAAAGGUAAGGAUAAAGGAGAAAAUAUUCCACCGCAAAGCCAUGCUCACAAGAGAGUUUGUUUUCACCUCCCUGUCUCCUCUUCUUCUCUGCCCCUCUUCCUCAUCCCUUCUUGGCCGAGCUCCUUCUUUCGGCAUCGACCGCAACAUUUUUCGUUUCUCGUCCGUCCAAACAUAAAACAAGGUUGUCAUAAUCGUCAUUAUAGAUGCACUGGUAUCCCUGGUCGGUUUCCGCAAUUUUGUAUGAAGCUAAUACUUCAGCCAUACUGUCCCUUGGCCGUUGUGUAUGUCGGCUCGUCCAUUGUCGUCGUUGGAUAUAUCGUUCUUGGUAUCUCGUCACUUCACUGCAGUAAUGGGUUAGCCACUCAUAUUCUCUCUCUCUUCUCACCACACACAAUGUUCGUCCCCAUGUCCACGCCUGUGCCCCCCGACACCCACAGACCACGGCAUAUGCAAAAAGCACAGCACCACCAUCACUGGCCAAGCACACGCCCCUCACACCCCCUUUUGGGCUUCCCGUCCCUCUUUUUCCUUUUCUUUGGGACUUUUUCUUCUAUGUGCCCUCGGCUCAGUUAUGCCUCCAGCCCUUUUUCGUCCGUCUUUCUUGUUCGGGCUCGGACUCUUCACUCAAUGCGAAUAGAAAUAAAGGAAAGGGAAAGGAACGUUAUGCUUCAAACUCACCUGGCCAAGGGAUUGUAGCCUGUGAUCAUGCUCUUCUCUCAUACGAUAAAUCUGACCGAGGACUUCUUGCAUCUCAGCACACGUUCGCUCGAUGGUGGCAUUUCGGUUGCCCUCCCUCUGCCAGCGCUGAACGUCACGGUACAUCUUGUCAUACCUGCGCUGCUUUUUCUCUGUGUCGUGGCAGAGCUUGCAAACGUCUCUUUCGGUCCUGGUUUCGUAGACAAGCUUCAGGCCGCAAGUUUCGCCCAUGCGGUAUUCUUUGUUGCACUGCUGACGGAAGUGCCCCCAGCGCCAGUAGCCGCAUGCCCAGCGGGUUUGGUCAAAGUAGCACAUGGCUCAAUGGUUUCGAGUGUUGACGAGAGACUUAGUGGCGAAUAGUCGAGGCGAGAAAAUCAGGGUAUCUCUAACUAAUUCGACAGAAGAGGAGAAGAAGCGGGAACACCGAAGGCGGAGAGCGGAGUUCCAGAGGCGAACUCGUGGUCGAUUCGAGCCGAACCCGAAGUUCAAGUCAACACUUGUCGAGUCGUGUCGAAGCGAUGAAAGUCAGCCACCCUCGGGCAAUUCAACGGUCGCUGAGGCGGAACGUUAUAAACAAUGUAAAGGUUCGGUUUAUUCGAGUCGAGAAGAAUCCUGGGAUACACAGGUUAGUCACUGGGUCUCUUCUAUUGUCUCUAUGUCUUCUGUGCCUCCCCUUCGCGUUGGGCAGGUAAUUUUGUUUCUACCCAAUGCAAACAACUCCCACUUGUUAAUGGCCAUACCACUGGCUGUUUUUAUCACUCGCUUGUAGACAUGGCAUUAUCUCAACAUGGUCAUCGUCUGCCAACCCCUCAUAACCGGUCAUACGUAUUCCUGCCGCGUGGUGUCUCGACAGAUAAUACAUAACCAGAGCAGUGCAACAGGGGGGAAAGAAAACACACCUCGGUGUCGGUGAUGCACUUGAUUGAUUUGAGAGAGUAAGAUAUAUGUCAAACUUACUUGAUAUGUAGCUCUUGUGAGAUGGACUGUACAGCCAGGCCAAAGAGUAAACACAGGAGCUGUAUAGGACCUAGCAAAGAUUUGGAAGCUGCUAGUUUUCGAAUUCCCUCGUUGAUAUUGAUGCUAACCGAGUGAGACUUAUUUACUUCAAACUCGUAGUCCUCAGUCUUGGCUUCCGGUGCAAUCGACUGCUUUGCUAUGCUGGGUGGUCGAUAUCUCAAGAGCGCCAGCGUCCUGGAGCCGGG